AUGUUUUGCAAAGUGGUGCUUACUUUCUGCAGCCGAGUCUUUCUCAUCGUUUUGGGGCUUUUUCUCGUCCUUAUUGCCAUUCCGUUGAAACCUAUCAAGACUCGGCAUUUACAUUCACUCAUUCGAUACAUUUCAAAGAGCACUCAACAUCAUCAACUCUUAGAAUUGGAACGAUUCCGAGUGCAAACCAAAUGCGGUUCUUCCAAGCAUUUGAAUCAAAAACCUUUGAAAAUUGUUCAAUUUUCGGAUUUGCAUUACGAUGCAUUUGAAGAGCCUCCCACACUACCCAAACAUUUAGAACAAGAAAUGAUUGAAAAAGUGAAAUUGGAAAGACCUGAUUAUGUGGUCAUUAGUGGAGAUUUUGUUCAUGGUGAAGUGAAAGUUUCUGCUCCGAAAUUGUGUCGAGAGGUAUUGAAACCCAUUUCAAUGGUUAUGAAAGAAAUUCAUGAAGACCAUUCAAACAGAAUGUUUGGUGUGUUGGGAAAUCAUGAUUUACAUGCAGGUCAACGAGAUUGGUUAGUCUCCAUACUAGAACGAGAAGGAAAUGUUCGUAUUUUAGAUAAUGAUUUUUAUUACAAUGAACAAGAUCAAUUGUUGUUGAUGGGACUUCCUGAUUAUGACAAGGACUAUUUUAACACGGCUAUAGUGGCACAUCGAAUGAAAGACAUUCCUAUUUCACCAUGUGCCACACGAAUUGUACUCUCUCAUAUUCCUGAUAGUGCUGAUUGUUUGCUGUUAAACAAAGUUAAGGAAAGUAAGGGUCGAUGUGGAGCUAAUCUGAAUGCCCAAAUUGUACUUUCUGGUCAUACCCAUGGUGGACAGUUUAGAGUUCCAUUCAUGAAAGAGGGAGUGAUUGCAUACAUGUUCAGACAGUUACCUGACUCGGUCAUGAACUUUCUACUAAAUGCCAUCAAAAUGACCAAUCCUGUCCUGCAUUGGGAAUGGAGUGGAGGAAUGUUUGAGAAGGAUCCAAACAGCAAUGACUUGCAGAGUUAUAGUAGUCGUGAAUUGAAGCUGAACGACAACAAGACUUAUCUUCAUGUCAAUCGAGGUGUUGGUGGACAUUUUGGAUUUCGAUUAUUUUGUCAUCCAGAAAUGACAGUGCUUGAAUUGCAAUGA